CUACGCAUUUAUCCUCUUCUUCAUUCUUAAUAACCAUAAUCAUGGAAGUUUGGUUCAUCGUCCUCGUCUCUCUCUGUCUCUGCAUAACAAUCCGAUCCUUCUGCAAUAUUCUUUCUUUUUCUCGCUCCACUCCUCUACCACCUGGGCCUCCUCGUAUCCCCAUCAUUACCAAUCUUCUUUUUCUGCGCAGGUCCAUCUUAGAAAUUGAAUCUGUACUCCGAGAUCUUCGUUCCAAAUACGGUCCCAUCUUCACUCUUCCUGUUGCGUCUCGUCCACUUAUAUAUGUAGCUGACCAGUCUAUUGCCCACCAAGCCCUUGUUCAGAACGGCGCUGUUUUCUCCGACCGUCCUGAGGCAGUUUUUGCCAGUAAGGUCUUCAGUUGCGACCAGCAUGACAUUAACUCUGCCUUCUACGGCCCCACAUGGCGGGCUCUCCGCCGCAACCUCACCUCCGAAAUGCUACACCCGACCCGGAUUAAAUCCUUCUCCGGUUCCCGUAAAUGGGUUGUGGACACUCUUAUCAAUCGGCUCAAAUCUGAUUCUGAAUCAGGCAAUCCUAUCAAGUUGAUAGACCAUCUUCAAUAUGCUAUGUUCUGCUUGUUGGCGUUCAUGUGCUUCGGCCAGAAGUUAGACGAGAAGCAAAUGAAAGAUAUCGAGGAUGUUCAACGACGCGUGAUUAUGAGCUUUAACAGAUUCAGGGUGCUGGAUUUCUGGCCGAGAAUCACCCGUAUAUUGUUCCACAAACUGCGACAGGAAAUGUUCCAGAAUAAGAAGGAACGGGAAAGUCUUUUCAUCCCACUGAUCAGAGCGCGGAAGAAAGCCAUGGAAGAGAGAUUGAACAGAGCUAAUGAGGACAAUCGUAGCUCAGAGUUUCUAAGUGCAGGGAUAGAUACAACAGCUACGACACUGCAUUGGAUUAUGGCAAAUCUGGUGAAGUAUCCACAUAUUCAAGAGAGGCUUGUGGAGGAAAUUAGAGAUGUGAUUGGUGACAGUGAGGAGAAGCAAGUGAGAGAGGAUGAUCUGAACAAAUUGUCAUUUCUCAAGGCAGUGAUUUUGGAGGGACUAAGGCGUCACCCACCUACGCAUUUUGUGAUACCACAUGCAGUAACAGAGGAUGUAGUGUUGAAUGGUUUCUUGAUACCUAAGAGUGGAACUAUAAACUUCUUGGUGGCAGAGAUGGGAAGGGACCCAAAGGUGUGGGAGAAUCCAAUGGAAUUCAAGCCAGAGAGAUUCUUGAACGGCAAGAAUAAUUAUGAAGCGUUUGAUAUUACAGGAAGCAAAGAGAUAAAGAUGAUGCCGUUUGGAGCAGGAAGAAGAAUUUGCCCAGCUUAUAAUCUGGCAACGUUUCAUUUGGAGUACUUUGUAGCCAAUCUGGUUUGGAAUUUUGAGUGGAAGGUUUCAGAUGAUGGUGAUGUUGAUUUAUCUGAGAAACAAGAGUUCACUGUGGUAAUGAAGAACCCAUUGCAAGUUCAUGCAUCUCCAAGGUUUUAAACCUGGACAAGGAAUAUUAAUUCACGAGAAACUUGGCCCCACAGCUGGGGAAGAUACUUGGGGCAUUUUACUUAUCAAGGGCUUUUUUAGUGGUUACUAUAAAAUAAAUUUAUACAGUUCGG